AUGAGUGGACCGGGCGAUACUGAGAGAAGAGUAGAAAAUGACUGGUAUUUCUUUACCAUCAAGCCAAACAAAGAUGAUGAUUCUGUAACUCUAACUAGUGAUGGGUACUAUUCUACUUUAAUGGAGGAGGAGAUUAUUAAACAAGAAGAUGAAGAAGUUGGGUUCAUGAAAAAUAUGGCUUAUUUUCAAGGAAAGCCACCAAAUGGCAAGAAAUCCAAAUGGACAAUUUAUGAGUUUAGGGUUAAUCUUGACACAAUUCUUGUCAUUCAAUACGAUGAUACUACGAAAGUAAAGAUGAUUGAUUCUACAUAG